UCUACCACCACCAUCCCUGACCAUUACUAACGUUACUAACCAUCCCGUUAUUUCUAUACUCAUACCAUGGAACAAAGAAAUUGACAAGUAUUUUACUCCAGGUUAAAGUUUGGAUUCAUUUCCAUUUGUAGAAAUUACUCGUUAAAGAUGAAUAAAACAGAAAAGAUUCAAUUGUUGCGCAAGGCGAUAGUGACUUACCCCAAUUUUCCUAAGCCGGGGGUCACAUUCAGAGAUAUAUUUGGAAUAUUUCGUGAUAUUACAGCAUUGAGAGCAAUGAAAGAUUUGAUAGUGGAACACAUUUUGUUUUUGGAAGUCGACGUAGUCGUGGGCUUAGAUUCAAGAGGUUUCCUAGUCGGGCCUCUUAUUUGUAUGGAACUAGGCAAACCGUUCUUGCCAAUUAGGAAGAAGGGAAAACUUCCAGGAAAAGUUGUUGAACAUGCUUUCUCACUGGAAUACGGCGAAGCAACAUUUGAACUACAAACAGACUUCAUGAAGAAAGGAGCUCGAGUUUUAAUCGUAGAUGACCUGUUAGCGACUGGAGGCUCUAUGCGAGCAGCAGUAGACUUGGUACAAUUGACUGGAAGUAAAGUAAUUGAAUGCUUAGCAAUAAUUGAAUUAACUACAUUGAAGGGCAGAGAAAAGCUCAAUGUACCUGUUCAUUCGGUAGUUCAAUACGGAGAUGAACCUUAGCCGAAGAUAAUGUAAGAAAUUAUUGUUAAAUAGAACAGAAAACAUACAUAUUAUCAUAUGUAUAUCAGAAUACAAUACUGUUGACA